AUGCCACCAAAGAAAGGAAAAGGAAGGGACGCCACGGACGACAAAACCCCACCGAUGGCGCUAAGAGCACAGGUGGAGUACUGUGUAUCUGUGAACGCCCCCUUGCGGAGGCGCAUGGGCCACCUGUCGUACGUUCAUCCCAAAAACGGAUUGUUGUACGUCGUGGGUGGGUGCGAUUUGGACACGCUUCCGAAGGCAGUGAAAACAGCGCACUCGGAGGAAACUCUGGAGCCCAUGCCACUUGCGGAGUGUUGGGACGAAACUACCCGCACGUGGGGUGUGGAAGGCGCAUCAUUACGGGAGAAAACCCCGCAAUCAGAGGUCGACGAGCUGGUUUCUUCCAAAACUGAUAUGAACAGGCAGGAUGAUGUCGAUGCGGGGGAGGAUAAGAAGGAGCGGACGCCUUCAGAGGGCGAGGCUUUUGCGCCAAGCGAGCCUGUUUUCAUCCACCGUCCACUGCGGGUGCCCGAUGGGUUUUCAUGGCCUACAUUGGCGGCAACAGUAGUGCAGUGGUGCUCCGUGCGGAAGGACGAUUAUACAGCGCUUUCGACUGCCGUUUCGAAUGUUGAUUCAGAGUGUUUACACGAGGCUGCGAACGAAGGCGUGGACGCUGGGAACGAUGCUGACGGCAGCGGAAAAACGGGGGAACCUGAUGCUUCCGCGGCGCGCGAGCACCCCGUGGUUUUUUUUAUUGGCGGUUGGAAGAGAAACGGCCGUACCUCACACACGGUGGGGGUUGACAUGGAUAAAGGAUCUCUCCUGCACAUUCGUGGUGGGAUGGCAGUUUCUUCACUGCCCUCGACGUGCAUGACGGGUUGCGUGGCUCAAGAUUGUGUGUAUGUUUUUGGCGGGAACACGGCUGGUGGCGCUGUUGGCUGCAACUUGUCAGUCAUGAGAACGCUGGACCUCAGAAGCCGCAAGUGGGUUGAAAGGACUGGGGUGGAAAUGUCCACUAGCUCUCCCUUUCCCCGCUCUUCCCACGUUGCUGGAGUGCUGUUGGACCGCUACAUCGUUAUUCACGGCGGACGUCGUCUGGCCCCGGUCCCAACAGGGCGUCGUCCAGAAAAGGGCAAGAAGGUAGACCCAAAAGUAGUACAGCCAAUUGAAAAACUGGUUCUGGACUUUUGCAAUGAUGUUGCGGUGUACAAUCUGGAAAAGAAACAAUGGGUGGCAACGGCUAUCAAUGUGGGUCCCCUGGGCCCACCGGCGAGGUACGCCCAUGCGGCCUGCGUGUUAAGUCCUAAUGAGCUUUUAUUCCACGGCGGCAUUGGAGUUGGUGGUAAGGUUCUGUCUGAUGCCUGGAUCCUGCGUUUGCUUGAAAAGAAUGAGAACAAUGUAUCUAUUUCAUGGGUGAAAGUGGUGGCCAACGAGACAAAAAAGCUGCCGUUCCCUAGCCGCUGUUACCAUUCCUUGGCGGCGGCGGCUGGAAGACGUGUUUUUAUCACCGGCGGCACAUGUCCAUCGGAAGAUGUGGAGGAUGUGUGCAUUAUGGAAAUUGAUCCUUUUGAGAUAGCGAUUUCUCAUUUGGAUACACGCAGACGCACAGUGAUACCACGAGAUUCACGGCGUACCCCCGUUUAG